AUGUCUGCUGGUGUUGUUACCGUCGCAAAUGAAUGGAUCCAAACUAAGGAUAAGCAUGAUAUCUACACCAAGACCUGGAAGACAACUUCUACACCCUCUGCCAAUCUAAUCAUGAUCCAUGGCUUUGGCGAGCAUAUUGGCCGCUACGAUAGAUUGUUCUCUUUCUUUGCUACUCAAGGUAUCGAGUGCUAUGGGUACGAUCAACGUGGAUGGGGAGAGACUGGAAAGAAAACUGCCCAGUUUGGUAACAACCAGGGUUAUAACACAGCGUUGAAGGACAUUGAUGAUGCUGUUCUCAAGCACAAGCGUCAAGGCAUUCCACUCUUCUUGAUGGGCCACAGUAUGGGUGGCGGCCUUAUUCUCAACUAUCUUGCUAGAAGCGAUAUCUACAAAGGAGUCGAUCUAUUAACUGGCGCAAUUGCAUCUGCUCCACUCGUUACAUUAUCCAUGAAGAUUCCCAUGAUAAAGUACUACACCAUCCGUGCCUUGGCUGCCAUUGUACCCAGCAUGACUAUUCAGGCUGGUGUGGAUCCUGCCGGUGUAUCUCAUGAUCAGGAAGAAGUCCAAAAAUACCUCGAUGAUCCAUUGGUCCAUGAUUUCGCUACCUUGGCUACUUUGAGAAGCUUCGUUGAUGCUGGAACCGAUCUCUUGACGAAAGCCAAAGCCAUCAAGACACCUAUUUUAUACUCACACGCUGAUUCAGAUCCUAUCAACUCGUUCAAUGGCUGCAAGAGUGCCUAUGAAAUCACUAGCAGUCAAGAUAAGGAACUAAAGAAUUGGACUGGAUUGUAUCAUGAAUUGCACAACGAAACGAUGCCUCAAAGACAGCAAAUUGCUGAAUACUAUGUCGAUUGGAUCAUCAGACAUUGCCCUCAAAGCAAGCACUAA